AUGACUGUUCAGAUCAUAUCAUCAACGAACAUCACGAAGCCUCGUUCAUUUGCUAGUUGUAGAGACCACCACGCUAGUAUUAUAUCAUGUGUACAUUGUAUAUACAUAUCUGUCUAUGUGCUUAUAAUUGGAAAAGAAAUAUUGAACACUAGUACUAUGGAAAAUAAGAGAAUUCAGGAAGAAGAGGUUGAGGCACUACAGGCAAUAUACGGUGAAGACUUCCAGCAGCAGUCUAGGGAGCCCUGUGUCUAUUCAAUAUCUGUGGCCACUCCUGACAAUGACAACAGCCGGUGUCUGGUGGUUCAGAUUACCUGUCCUGAAGGCUACCCUACUUCCUGCCCUCCUGUUUACGAACUAAGAUGUACAGAGUGGCUAGGAAAUGGAGAUGUUCCUAACAUUGCAAAACAAUUCAGUCAAAUCCAAAAAGAUCAUGAAGGUGAGACUGUGGUGUAUCAGUGGAUUGAGUGUGCCAGAGAUUACAUCGCAAGUGUACUAGGGAAAGAGGAAAAUAAAGGCAGCAAGACAACAGGAAGAGAACUCAGUCACUCUCCUGAACAGGAAGAUGUCACUUCCUCUGGUCCUCUCCACGAACCAAGCUCUGUCGGCAGGGCCAGUGAGGGGUGGGAGGGAGGAGGAGGAGGGGAAGGAGGAGAGGGGGAGGAAGGAGAAAGGGAAUGUCAAGCCAUCAUCCAUGGAGAACCACUCACUGAUCGCAAGAGUACCUUCCAGGCCCACGCUUCAGUUGUAACUAGCAAACAUGAGGUGGCGGCUGUUGUGACUGAGCUGAAGAGAAACAAGAAGAUAGCCUCGGCCACGCACAACAUCCUGGCAUACAGGUUUGAGGACGAGGGGAAGGGUGGGGUGGUGAUACAGGACUGUGAUGAUGAUGGAGAGUCUGCUGCUGGUGGAAGACUACUGCAUCUCCUCCAGAUGAUGGAUGCCACGAACAUAGCAGUCAUUGUCAGCAGAUGGUAUGGAGGAAUCCUCCUGCACGGAGACAGAUUCAAGCACAUCAAUAACGUGGCCAGAGCUCUGCUCCAGGAGACUGGGAUUGGUCUGGAGGAGAGAGCUGAGCAGACGGGAUGGCCCAUCCUGGGAGCAGCAGCUGCCGCCAUACUACUACUGUACGCCCUGGGCUCCGUGAAUGGGGAGCUGUGUAUUGGAAACCUACCUACAUGGGAACAUGCAGUAGGGGGAAGGUUCUGUGUCAUCAACGAGACCACCAUUGUCAUCAGAAACUUCUACUACGACGGAGCAGGACCAGAUGCCCAUCUCUACUGGUACCCAGACGGCUUCACUUCUAGUAACGUACCGAGAUCUGGAAAUGGAGGGAAUUUCAUCAGUCACCCCAACACGCAGCGAGAUAACGGGAGAUUCCCGCAGAAUGGUUACGUCCUGAACGCAACGCUGCAAUUCUCUCUCCCCGAGGGAGUUUAUGCCUGCGACAUGGCCGUCUUCACCAUCUGGUGUCAAACUGCCAGAUCUCACUUCACCGGCAUUAACAUCCCUGCUUCCACUUUUACAACUGAUCCUAAUGAAGCUGCGACUACCAACAAGAUACUCUGCACAAGAGGUAUGGAGCCUACAACUGCAGCACCCACCACUCAACCCACAACUGUACCCACCACGCAGCCUACUACUCAACCUCCCACUCCUGCUCUACCAAGUGAGGUCUGUGUAGGUGACCUGAUUACAGUGCAGCAUGCUGUGGAGGGCACACUCUGUAUCAUUGACCAGUCCACCAUGAUCUUGAAGAACUUUUACUAUGACACUGGCGGCCCAGAUGCGUAUCUCUAUGGCUAUCCCGUUGGCCACGCCCCUCCCUACACCUCUGACAAUGUCAGAAACACCUUCAGAUCUGGUGGGGGCCACAUCAUCGCCUUCCCACUGACUGGAGGAGCCCUGCCGUACCAGACUGGUUUCAUUAGCAACAUAACUUUUCAGUUUUCCCUCCCCUCUGACGUGUACGCCUGCGACCUGGCAGUCUUCACCGUGUGGUGUCAGCUAGCCGGAGUCCAGUUUGCCGUCCUAGACAUCCCUCCCGCUAUCUUUACUAACAACAUCAGUGUAGCUGUUGAAGAGAACAAGAUACUAUGUGACAGAGAACCUCCAACUACAACUGAUGAGACACCGACGACAGGGACACCCUCCCCAACUGACGAGACACCGACGACAGGGACACCCUCCCCCACUGAUGAGACACCGACGACAGGGACACCCUCCCCCACUGAUGAGACACCGACGACAGGGACACCCUCCCCCACUGACGAGACACCGACGACAGGGACACCCUCCCCACUACGAGACACGACGACGGGACACCCUCCCCCACUGAUGAGACAACGACAGGGACCUCCCCCACUGACAGACGAGACCCUACGACAGACAGGGACACUGACGACACACACUGACGAGACACCGACGACAGGGACACCCUCCCCCACUGAUGAGACACCGACGACAGGGACACCCUCCCCCACUGAUUUCGACAACUGCGAGAGCCUCCACUCCAGUCUCAGACUUGAAUGGACUGUGGACCGCAGCUCCGAGAACGUCCGUUUCAGACUGUGUGGGUGCACCUCUCCUGAUAGUGCAGAUGACAACACGUGGCUGGGUUUUGGUCUAAGUGGGAGUGACUCUGCCACCUUGAUGAUUGGAGCUGAUGCCACUAUUGUGUGGGUCGAUAGAGAAGACCAACCUCAUGCUGAGGACUACUACCUCUCAGCCUAUAUUCCGUGUGGAAGAGGGAAGGGAGCCUGUCCAGACGUAGUGGACUCGUCCGGAGUGUGCUCCAACGAUGCCACUCUCAUCUCUGGCUCUAUCGAUGGCAGGGAACAGUGUGUUGUCUUCUCCAGAAACUUCACUGCAGGAGACGAGUGUGACCAAGAUAUAGAUCCAGACAAUGAGAACCAGUACAUUGUGUGGGGAGUUGGAGGUCUUGGAGACACUGCAUUCAGACACUUUGUCAGAGCCGAACGAAAUGCGGCUCCACUACACCUGGGUCGACAGCCGUCCAAGAACUGUCCUGCUCUGGAGUGCCCCAGGUGCAAGCCCUACGAGACUCGGACUCUGGUGGCUCCCUCUGACGCCACCUUUGUGGCUCGCAUCGGUCCAUCUGGCAACCAGAGAGGAUACAUGGGCAUCACUGGUCGUGCAGGCUGGGGUAUAGGGUGGUACAUCAAUGACACCCUCAUACCGACACUGGUAGUCCAGAGAGGAAAAACGUACACGUUUGUCGUCUACGGAGGAGAUGACCCUGACUUCAGCUCCCGAUACCACCCUUUCUACAUCACCAGCUCUGAAAGUGGAGGAAUUCUUCUCGAAACCGAAGACACAAUAGAAGAGACUGUGUAUGCAGGUUUCAAUGGAUCCACACGUAGCUAUGCAGUGGGUCCCCUGUGUGGCUAUACCAAUACCCCAGCCUCUGACGAAGUGCUAGGAGACUGCCAGUCAGAGAUGGAUGACUACCUGGCAAUCCUAGUGGCUCCAGCCUCCACCUGUGGACAGGGCACUCUCACCAAUACCUUCACCUGGACACCUGACAAAGACACACCGGAUCUUGUCUACUACCAGUGUGCCUCUCAUAGAAAUCUCGGAUGGAAGAUUAGAGUGAUGGACACAAUUGAUGUCGACACAACUGAUGUCGACACAACUGAUGUUGGUAGUGGUGACAAAUUUAAUAUCAAUAUUAUGGGCAGUGGGGUUGGUGUCCAGGGCUCCAUCUUCAGUCUCCUACUGGCACUGGCUCUACUCUGCUUACUGACGUACUGAUUCUGCCAGACUGCCAUCCCAUUAUGUGUUUUAUUUAUAUGUAUAUAUGAACAACUGCAGUAUGUGAGCAAACGAAAGCUGUAUAGUGCAUGCAAUAAGCAAACUCUCGUGGACCAUGACAACACAUAAAGAGAUUGGAAGAGGAGCAGUGCAAGACUUGGACAAUAGGACCCUCAUUCAACUCACUCACAGUAGUACAGGGAAUGGUAGAGAGAUGACGAACUGAAUGACUAAUAUUUGCUACCUCAGCUCCAAACCCAGUUUACUUGAGACAGCCCUCCCGCAGAGUGUCCUGGAGGUCGUUAACCUCCUCGUUGGUCAGGGUCCUCUCCAUGGAGCAGUACACGAUGCGGUACAUGUGGCUAACCCUACUCGACACUGGGUGACAGAACCUGUCCAUUAGCUCAACUUUCUCAACAAGGUCACCUCCAAUCGAACGAACCAACUCGAAAAAAUCGUUCUCUACGUAGUCGCCUGCGUUCUCCGGUAGCCAGAACGCUACGUCUUUGUAGCACGAGGGAUAUUUGCUGAAGGGCUUGAAAGAAAUGUCGGUGGCAGGAUCAAGAGUUACUGAGCGGAAUUGCUCGAGGAAACGUGGGUCUGUACUCCAAAAGAGACGGAUAUCGGGGAUUGCGAAGAGGAGCAUUGCAAGACGGUCCAGCCCAAGGCCAAACGCCCAACCUAUCUUGUCCCCGGCACCGCUACCAUCUAGGAUGGCUUGCUGCAUUACCCCUGAGCCCAGGACUUCCAGCCACUCCCCACCAUACUCCACCUCCAGUUGGUACGACGGGUGAGUGAAGGGAAAGUAAUCGGGCGUCCACCUCAUUUGGGUCUCCGGCCCAAACAGCUCCCCCACGAGCUCUGUCAGAGUCUGUUUGAGGCUCAGUUCGGUGAGUUUCACAGAGUCCAUUGUGUGGACGGCUUGUUUGUCACAUGUCUCUACUGCAAGACUUGGCUCUCGCUCAAACAGACCCAGCUGCUCCGGCUUCUCGCACCCCGAGAAAAGCUCGUGUCUGUUGAAAGAGUCGAACCCCUUCCAUCUGGUGGAAAAUGGGGUAGUGCGUAGAAUCGAUUUCGUCUCUACGGUACACGUCUCCAGUCACCAGGAACCUGUUGAACCCCAUACGGACGAGAUCUCGCUGGUGAGCAGAGGUGUGUGCCCGCAGUACAUGGGAGCGUUGACGUAGUAGUUAUCACUGCGGCUCCGCGAGGCGUGGUCCGUUGGAACCAGGAGACUGUCGAAGUUCUGUUCCGUGGUGACUACUGGACUCAAGUCGUCGAAGUGGGCAAAGAUAGGAGUCCCCGUGGGAGCUGCGUAGCUUCUCUGGAAGUGGGCCACGAUACGCUGCUUGAUGAUGUUGAGAGGGUGCUGGGGAAUCUGGUGGAGGUUUCGUCCCACACGACUCAGGACGGUGGGAGUCACAUUGGUCAUGGAGUCGCGAACAAAGUCCCGGCCGGCUACCUGGACGGCCAGCGACUCCUCUGCAGCUAUAGCAUAGCAUCUACGUGUGCUAUGAAUGUAGUUUAGCCACCUGGCAUUGAAAAAACGACGGAAAAUCUUCGAUUGAAGGC